AUGGCCAUUUCUCCAAACAUGAUGGCCGGUCUGUCGCUUUCUGAGCUUUGCAUCGAAGAUUGCAUGGUUGCUGAGCAAGUAUCCUUUGGAAAGACCGGAUCUGUAGCCUCUGUGCUCAACAUACUCGCGUCCGCGCCCAAUCUCAAAGCCUUCACAUGGAUUUUGGACCGCAACGGCCGUCACGCACACGCGCUACCUGCCAAACGGAGCAAUGAGAUUCCGGGUCGCGCAGCACUCUUGUGCCUCAGGCGACUUGUGCUUCACGCGCCGGUGGAAACCAUUGCUUACAUAUUCUCCUCCGUCAGCCUCCCUCUGAACUGUCAUCUCGACUUGGGGACCACCAUAAAUUGCGAGACUGUGAAUAUCGCGCUCGUCAAGCAAAGCCUUCGCGAUACUGUCGGAGAACAGCUUUAUGCUGCUCCUCGUAUCGCUCAAUUUACUCAACUAUCACUCCGGAACGCGGAGAAUGAGUCCGGAAUUCUCAUGCAUUGGUCGAACGCGCAUGAUCCGCCCCCCGGCUGGUCACAGGACUUCCGGAUGGCAAUCACUCCCAUCCAAUCUCUCGCUACCGAUGAGCCUCCACUGGCAAUAUCUGAUAUUUGCACAUGCAUCAUGGAAUGGGAGCCACUCCGCGCAUCCAUCACACUCUUGGAGAUCGCUGUCCCGUGGUUUUACACUCGCCACGCCAAUGAUGGAAACCAGAGGGACAAAAUGUGGGCUGCUGCUGUCCAGAGACUUCCCCAGCCUGUGGAUGUGAAGGAUCUGGUGACUGCAUGA